ACAGUUCGGAAAACGUGUCACGGGAUUUGGGUCCCUGUGUAUUUUAAAUGGAGCUCGGGAUUUCAAAUCCCGUGACGGGAAAUAAGUCUACACAAAAAUGACAGUUUUCAUGAAGUAAGCAGCAGAGUUUUUGGUUUGACAGUUUGGAGAGAUCUCGGCGGGAAAUUUUCCCUGAUCAAAUCCCGACGCAAAUCCCGUGUGAAAUCCCGCGAUCCAUUUCCCGAACUGUAAACUAGCCUUAAACUCCAACAACAACAAAAUAAAUAGAUCGACGGCAUUUUCGUUCUCUUGCUUUAAAUUUGUUUUCUUCUGUAACUGAAAGGCCGUAAAAUGAUUCACGACAUUCUGUUUACAUUGUUUUCCUCAAAUUCAGACUUACCGAUCGAAAAUUUUACUAUUCCGGAAGUGGCGUCCAACUUUUUGCAUCCGGGUGAGAUUAAAAUUCUCGAAGAUUUGAUCAGAAUAGCCAAUCAGUACAAGGAGCUAAAGAAAUUCAUUCACCAGUAUGGUACUCAGUCAGCUGGAUUGGUCAAACCAAAGCAACAAAAACCGUCGGAGGAGCCGCUUCCGCAAGGUCUUUACCUGCAAGCAUUUGCCGAUGGGUUGGAUCUGGCGGUGAAACCGUACCGGGAUUUGAUAGUACAGCUAGAAGCAAACUAUCUAAAAAGACCCAAUUUAUCGCUGAUCUUCAUAUAUCAUCAAGUGAACCAAUAUCAGUCAUUGUUUGGAUUCCUGUUACAGUUGGUCAGCGGUGUAGUAACUCAAAGAGCUCAUGGUUGUGCGUUGUUACAGUAUUUACAGCAGCAUUGCUUGCAUGGCAAUGAGAAACAUUAUGAGGCUGUGAAGCUUAUUCAAAACUCAGUUUAUGCAAUUUUCAUUAAACAACUGUUUGGUUGGUUACUGCACGGUAAAUUCGUAGAUCAGUACAGUGAAUUUUUCAUUCAGCAUGUGGAUAAUUUACGGAGCGCUGGAUCGAUAUUUGAACGAGGAACUCAUGAUGCAGUAGCACAGGUUUCUGUUAAUUCUUUCUCCGACAAUACUAGCAUUAACACUGAGUUGUGGCGCUACGAGAUUCGUCGAGAAAUUCUUCCUUACUACUUUCCUGCUAGUUGGGCUGAGAAGGUAUUGUUUAUUGGGCAAACGGUGUUGAUGUUGAACUGUGAUCCGAGGGAAAGCAAUGAGAAGCGAUCGAUUGGGGAGAAGAAAGCGAAUCACGAGAAGAGGUUUACCGCGGUUAAGGAGACUCUGUGGGGUGAGCAGGAAUAUGCGUUUUUCAAAAAGUUUCACCAGCUACAGAUGGAUGAAAAUUUAAACAUCGCUAAAUUUGAAAACAUUGUCGAUGAGAUCAAACUUUGUGUGACGGAGCAAAUGUCGGAGAUUGCCAUCAAAGAAGCUGAUUUAAUCAAGCAGCUAAAGCUGAUUAAAGACUACUAUCUGUUGGGCCGAGGCGAACUGUACUCUGAAUUGUUGAAACAGACGAAAUCUCUCAAAAUAUUGUUUGCUAAAGGCAUUACUGACGGAUCGUCGAGGGAUUUGAACAGAGCAUUUCAACUGGCAGCGAACAGCGUCAAUAUAACCGAAGAUAUCGAGCAGUUUUCGUUCCUUUUGCCACCCAAGGAGGACAUUGAUAGUCUAUGUUACGAAACUAAAAGCAUUUUAAGCUACAUCACGUUAAAGUACAAAGUUAAAUGGCCAUUGCAUUUGUUGUUCUCUCCAAAAACGUUGGUAAAAUACAACGAAAUGUUUCGAUUUUUGCUGCGAAUUAGAAAGAUUCAGUACGACAUUCAUCAGGUUUGGUCCUUGCAGCGGGAGUCCAAGGUUAAAAAGAACUCCGAGCUACUCCAGUUCCGCAAUAAGUUGAUGUUCUUAAUCGAUAAUUUGCAGUAUUAUCUGCAGGUUGAUGUGCUGGAGAGUCAGUUCAGUAUUCUCAUGACAGCCAUAGCAGAAACAAAAGAUUUCGAGAAGAUUCAACGAGCACAUACGAUUUUCCAAGCAAACGUUCUUAGUUUGUGUUUUUUGCUGUCAAACCCUGGCACCGAUGUAUCCGCGACCGGCGUAAUUCAAGUCAACGAGAACCCAGUGUUGACUAUUCUGGACCAAAUACUGGUGAUAGUGGAUAAGUUCUGCUCAUUCUGCAGCAGUUGCAAGAAUCCCAUGACAAAAUUGGAACGACAAGAGUACAAUGGAUAUGACCAGGCAUUCAACAACCACGUGGAUUCAUUACUGAAGUUACUUAUCGGUUUGAAGGCUGGUCCUAGUAGUGCACCGCUCUCACAACUUUUGCUGCGUUUGGAUUUCAAUCAUUGGUUUAGUAAUAAUACUCAAACAAAAUCUACAUAAUUUCGCCUGGCGCUU